AAGAAGAAGCCGGUUCCGAGGUUUGGCCGAUCACUUGCAGGUAGUCCGUCCCCAAUGCCUGAAGUUUGCUGAUCUGUGAAGGCUCACUUCUUGUUCAGUGGAUGAUGGCAUUUGAGCGGAUACCGAAAAAGGAUUGGUACAGCAUUCUGGGGGCAAACUCAUCUGCAAGUAUGGCAGACCUAAAACAAAAGUAUCAAAAACUCAUAUUAAUGUAUCAUCCAGAUAAACAAAGUGCAGAUGUGCCAGCAGGAACAUUGGAGGAAUGUAUACAGAAGUUCAUCGAAAUUGACCAGGCAUGGAAAAUCCUAGGGAACGAAGAGACAAAGAAAGAGUAUGACCUGCAGCGGCAUGAAGACGAUCUAAGAAAUAUGGGACCAGUAGAUGCUCAAGUAUAUCUUGAAGAAAUGUCUUGGAACAAAGAUGAUCACUCUUUUUCUCUGAGUUGCCGUUGUGGUGGAAAAUACAGUGUUUCCAAGGAUGAAGUAGAAGAAGUUACCCUGAUUUCUUGUGAUACAUGUUCACUAAUUAUAGAACUCCUUCAUUGUAGCUGAAAUUGUUCACUAAGUGGAAUCCUUGAACUGUAUAUUCAGACAUGUGGAGGAGAAUCCCUUCCAACUUAGCUCUCUAUAUAUGUUUAUAAUUUAUAUUUACAAAUCACCAAAAACAGGGACUUGAAUUACGAAUUAUAUUUAGCAAAUUCCUA